AUUCGACGAAGAAGAAACCAUUCACAAGAUUAUGCGAAACUUGUUGUGGACUGUCACUUCGAUACUAUCGUUUCAGUAAGAGGGAUGGGAGUCCUACCAGGGAGAAGCCUUUUAUGCAUACUUUUUUUAAUUAUAAUCAUCUCAGAGGGACAUUUUCGAUGGGUUGAGGCCCAGCACUGUGUGUGGUAUGGUGAGUGUGGGGAAUCCGUAAAGGUGCCUGGAAAAAAGUACAACUGCAACUACACAGGUCCUCCCCGCCCCCUAGACGCUAAGGGCUAUGACCUUCUCACGGAGCUUUGUCCUGGAUAUGACUAUGGAAGCAAAAGCCUCUGCUGUGACGUUAACCAGUUGCAAACACUCAAAGGGAGUCUCCAGCUGCCCCUACAGUUCCUGUCUCGGUGUCCUGCCUGUUUCUUCAACUUGAUGAACCUGUUCUGUGAGCUUACAUGCAGCCCUCACCAGAGUCAGUUCAUGAAUGCCACGAAGAUCGACAAGACCAAUGUAGUGGAAGUCCAGUACUAUAUUGGACAGACAUUUGCUAAUGCCAUGUACAAUGCCUGUAAGGACGUCCAGGCACCAUCCAGCAACGUAAAGGCCUUAUCACUGCUGUGUGGGAAGGAUGCAAAGGACUGCAAUGCUACCAACUGGAUCCAGUAUAUGUUUGAUAUUAACAAUGGACAGACUCCCUUUCCUAUCAUCCCAAUAUUCUCAGAUGUCCCAGUGUCUGGUUACACUCCCAUGAACAACAAAACAUAUGCCUGUACAGAGGGCCUGGAGGACGGUUCAGGUCCCUGCUCCUGUCAGGACUGCACAAAGGCCUGUGGCCCCAAACCUGUGCCCCCCCCUGUCCCCCCUCCCUGGACAAUCCUUGGUAUCGAUGCCAUGACUCUCAUCAUGUGGAUCUCUUACAUGGCCUUCCUGCUUAUCUUUAUUGGAGCUGUACUGGGAGCUUGGUGUUACAGGAAAAGGACCAUCAUGUCUGAGUAUGGCCCCAUAUUGGACAGCAAUAACCCACUGUCUCUCAACAGUGAUAAUCCUGACCAAGUAAAUGCAUCAUGCUGUGAAACAUUGGGUGAGCGAUUCGAGAAUGCUCUGCGGACCCUCUUCAGCUCCUGGGGUUCCUUCUGUGUGCGGCAUCCUUCUGUGGUCAUACUGGGCAGCCUGAUACUGGUGGUCUCCGCCUCUGGGGGCCUGGUCUAUAUGCGCAUCACCACAGACCCUGUUGAGCUGUGGUCAUCUCCCACUAGCCAGGCUCGUCAAGAGAAGGACUACUUUGACAGCCACUUUGGACCCUUCUUUAGAACUGCGCAGCUCAUCAUAACCACUCCACUCAAUGGAAGUUUCACCUACUCCCCAUACUUUGGAGGAUCAGAUGUCCCAUUUGGAGCCAUCCUGGACAAAGAUAUCCUGCACCAGGUGCUGGAUCUGCAGCUUGACAUUGAAGGCAUUGUAGCCACAUAUGAGGGCCAAACCGUCACCCUUAAUGACAUCUGCUUGGCUCCGCUGGCCCCGUACAAUAACAACUGUACCAUCUUGAGUGUCCUCAACUACUUUCAGAACAGCCAUGCUGUGCUGGACCACACCAUAGGAGACGAUUUCUUUGUGUAUGCUGACUUUCACAGCCACUUCCUCUACUGUGUCAGUGCACCAGCAUCCCUAAAUGACACCACCCUCCUCCAUGACCCCUGUUUAGGCACUUUUGGCGGCCCCGUCUUCCCUUGGCUGGCCCUCGGGGGUUACGAUGAAACCAACUACAACAAUGCCACUGCUCUUGUGAUCACCUUCCCACUCAACAACUACCUGAAUGACUCAGUUAGGCUGGGCAAAGCUCUGGCAUGGGAGAAAGAAUUCAUCAAAUUCAUGAAGAACUUCAAAAACCCUAACCUGACCAUAGCCUUUAAUGCUGAGAGGAGUAUUGAAGAUGAAAUAAACAGAGAGAGCAACAGUGACAUCAGCACCAUAGUAGUCAGCUAUGCCAUCAUGUUCAUCUACAUCUCCCUGGCCCUGGGUCACAUCCACAGCUGCAGGAGACUGAUGGUGGACUCCAAGAUUUCUCUGGGUAUAGCGGGUAUCCUGAUUGUGCUCAGCUCUGUGUCCUCAUCACUGGGGAUCUUCAGCUAUUUUAACAUCCCCCUUACCCUCAUUGUGAUUGAGGUCAUUCCUUUCCUGGUGCUGGCCGUUGGAGUGGACAACAUCUUUAUUAUAGUACAGACCUAUCAGAGGGAUGAGCGGAUGCCCCAGGAGGAACUUCACCAGCAGAUUGGUCGUAUUCUUGGAGACGUAGCCCCCAGCAUGUUCCUCUCCUCCUUCUCAGAGACAGUUGCCUUCUUCCUGGGAGCCCUGUCCAACAUGCCCGCAGUGAGGACUUUCUCUCUGUUUGCUGGCUUGGCUGUUUUUAUUGAUUUCCUGUUGCAGAUCAGUUGCUUUGUCAGCUUGCUCGGCAUGGACGCCAGGAGACAGGAGGGGAAUCGACUCGACAUCUUUUGCUGUGCGAAGCUGCCGGAAGCUCAGGAAACUAAGACGGACAGCUUCCUCUUCCGUUUUUUCAAGAAAGUCUUUGCUCCAUUCAUCCUCAAAGAGUGGGUGCGACCGAUCAUAGUGGCAGUGUUUGUGGGAAUACUCUCCUUUAGUAUUGCUGUGGUGAAUAAAGUAGAGAUUGGACUGGACCAGAAACUCUCCAUGCCGGAUGACUCGUACGUCCUGGACUAUUUUAAGAACAUGAGCAUGUAUCUCCACACUGGAGCUCCAGUGUACUUUGUGGUAGAAGACGGUCUUAACUACAGUAGCCCAGAAGGCCAGAAUGUUGUGUGUGGAGGAGUGGGCUGCAACAACGACUCUCUGGUCCAGCAGGUCUACAGCGCCUCACUCAUCAGCAACUACACAACCAUCGCCUUCACACCGUCCUCUUGGCUCGAUGACUACUUUGACUGGGUGAAGCCGCAGUCCUCCUGCUGUCGAUACUACAACACCAGUGGGGCUUUCUGCAAUGCCUCUGUGGUAAAUCCCUCCUGCGUACACUGUCGGCCCAUGACUCCCAGUGGUAAGCAGCGGCCAGAAGGAGAGGACUUCAUGCAUUUUCUACCCAUGUUUCUGUCAGACAAUCCAAACAUCAAGUGUGGAAAAGGCGGCCACGCGGCGUACGCCACAGCAGUUGACCUGUAUCCCAACAACACGGGGGUCGGAGCCACUUACUUCAUGACUUACCACACCAUCCUGAAAGAAUCCCCAGACUUCAUAGAUGCUUUAAAAAUGGCCCGAAUCCUGGCUGACAAUAUCAGUCAGUCCAUGGAUCACAAAGUUUUUGCCUACAGCGUCUUCUAUGUGUUUUACGAGCAGUACCUCACCAUUGCAUAUGACACAGCUCUGAACUUGAGCGUGUCACUGGCAUCCAUAUUUGUUGUGACGACGGUGUUGCUGGGCUUCGAGCUGUGGUCGGCUGUGAUCGUCAGCAUUACCAUCGGCAUGAUCCUGGUCAACAUGUUCGGCGUCAUGUGGCUGUGGAACAUCAGCCUCAACGCAGUUUCCCUUGUGAACCUGGUCAUGUGCUGCGGUAUCUCGGUGGAGUUCUGCAGUCACAUUGUGCGAGCGUUUUCCAUCAGUGUGAAGAAGAACAGAGUGGAGCGGGCUGAGGAGGCCCUGGCUCACAUGGGCAGCUCUGUAUUCAGUGGGAUCACAUUAACAAAGUUUGGAGGUAUACUAAUCCUGGCGCUUUCCAAGUCGCAGAUCUUCCAGGUCUUCUACUUCAGGAUGUACUUGGCCAUAGUGUUGCUGGGGGCCACGCACGGCCUCAUCUUCCUCCCUGUACUGCUCAGUUAUAUCGGUCCUUCGGUGAACAAAGCAAAGGUGUUUGCUGCUAACAAGCGCUAUGCUGGUACAGAACGGGAGCGCCUCCUCAACUACUAGCAGGCUGUUUGGGAACAACAAUGAACAAUGAACUAUGAACUAUUUGUCUGAAAGGGACUGUGUGGGUGUGCGCGCAAGCCGUUUCUGUGAUUACUGACACACUCAUCACUGUUGACACUACUAUGCACGGAUUUAACUCAGGAAUAUACUUGGGAGUAGAAGUGCCAGAGGCCGUGUCCAACUGUAAAAUUAUUGAUUUUCCUCAGAAGACUUUGGACCCCCACCAUUCGUCCUCCUCACACUACGGGACAAGCCUGACUUCUGCAUUUGAAGCACGGGUGACAUACCACUGAACAAAAAAAUGCACUGUCUGCUUUGACAGUGUGGAAGUAGGAGAGACACCACCCCCAACAUCAGUUACAGACCAACUCUGUCAGUUCCAUAUGCUAUGAGCUAUUUUGAUUUGGGAAAAAACUCAAAAGGGUAAAACUGGACCGUUUUUUUUCCCCAUGAUUUUAAAUAUAUUUACCAGGAUAAAAAUCAAAUGAGUAAUGGUAAAUUAUUUUGAAAUUUUUACUUAACUUACGUGGGACUUUUGUAGAACUGUUUGAUAUUAUGAAUAAUUUGUUUACUGGAAUAGAACAUACAGUGGAGCUGAGAGAUAACUAUUUUGAUAUGAGAAGGGCCUCAUAAUACCUGGUAUUAACAUGUAUCGUAUCCCGGGGCUGUGUCUACAUACUGUAUUAUAAAUCAGGUCAGCUAGUUGUAGCAUUUUCACCUAGCAAUAAUGGGUUUCCUGUGUAUUUGCACAGUAAUGUUUUCACUGCAGCACACUGGAUUUGAAUGUUGAAGGUUUUUGGGCGUGUUCACAUCCAUGUUGGGAGAGCAGUGUAGGAAUUGUAGCCCCUUUUUACCUUUCGUAGUAUACAUUUAAAAAAAAAAAAGGCUACAAUUUCUAAAUGGACAUGGAUGUAAACUCCAUCAAAGCUGAAACUUCACAGUAAUUGUUUUAUUUAAAAAUCAGAGAAUGGGAAUGCAGAGCCAAAAACAGUGCAAGUACUAGCCCUUAGGUGUUGUGUGUUGCUCUCCAAACUGCAUCCUGCUGUUUCUUUUAUUUUCACAUUGGUUUUUACAUGAUCUGGUGCAACAUUUCAUUUUAGAGCUAGUUAGUGUAUCUUAAGUGUCCUUUUAAGGUGUUUGCAUGCUUUUACAAAAAACUCUGUGUGACAUCAGUCAAGACACAUGUUAAUGCCAGGUGAACAGGAUGCUAUCAGGCCAAUAAUGGGUUUUACAUUGAAGUGUAAGUGAGACAUUUUGCAGUUACUGAACAGAACAUUUGUUGCAUUAAGAGGUAAAGAGACGAAGCUUUACAUUUCACUAUAAUGGGACUAAUUUAGAUGUAUUUCUACGGUAUGUCAUUUACUGUGUGUGUUGAGACAGAAUACUGUAGCUUGGCUGAAUGGUACAGGUCUGAGUUUUUCAUUCAAACACAUUUAAGUUAUUCUUUUUUUAUUUAGUUAACUAUUAACAUUUUGUUACCAUGCAAAAACACUUCCAGUGACCUUGAAAGUAAAGGAUCCUCCCAGCAACAUGUUCAGCUGCAGCUCAACGUGUCUGAGAUUGGAGCUAGUCGAGAUGAUGACACAUCCAGGUGGUGUGAUCCCACCAGAUUAAUGUGAAUAGGGUUGUACCAUCAUUGGAACAGGAUGUUAUGUUUAGGUUUUUUGUUUCCCACGAUUCAGUUAUUUUUAUUUUUAUUUUUUAUUUUUUUAUUUUUUUUCUUUGGAAUGUAAGAAAGAAUUGUGUUAAUUAACAGUUUAAUGUAAAAACAAAUGUUUAUGAGCAACCGACUGAAGAAGUUGUAACGAAUAACGAAGAAUUGUGCUUGCUAACAGUGCUGUGCAUUGACAUGGACAAAUCAUCUCUGCAUUGAAGAAUAUGAUUGUGGGGGAAAAAACCUAAACCAAGUAUAGGAAUACUUUAGUUUUUAACAAUUUUAACACAAUAUUAAAUAGUUCUCAGAAAAAUA